AGAACUGCGGCUACGAAUCGACCGCUCGUACGAUGAGAUGCGCCGGCUUAUCCUGCUGGCCGCCGUCUUUUUCCUGAUUGGGAUCCUAGUGCUGAUGGCGCGGCUUCAAGUAGCUGCCGAGGACAUUUUCCGCUGGGCUCCGGUGAUUUGGUUGUUGGGCGUCGUCGUUGCAGAUGGAUUCCUCACAAUUCUCCUCGCUAUUCGCCAACAUUCCCAACUCGUUCCCUGCCUGGCACCACCGCCACACCAUGGCUGCUGCCGGGACCCGGGCAGGCGGUUGGCACGGGAUGCGAUGGGCAGCAAGGAAAGCCUCCCGACGUACGCCGAUCUUUUACGGACGGCCGCUUCGGUAGAAAGUCUGCCACCCAGUUAUGAAGCGGCAACGCUGGCGGGUAGCCGGCCACUGAUGCAGCAGAGAUGCCCAGUGCAUGGACGGCGCCGAGGAUCUGCAUUGGGACUUCCGCUACAAACACCAAGGACGGAAACGAUGGUAAACGAGAUAUACUCGGAAAACGAGUACGCACAAAACACCACGGGUUCGCUGCCCAGCUUCUCGGCAGCUCUC